CGCGCGCUCGCGGCGCACACACGCACCCGCACGCGCACGCCGGCAGACGGUACGUACGCGGCGGGACCAGAGCUCGCGCAUGCGCACCGGCCGUCGCGCCGGCGACGGCAGCUGUUCCGCGUGCACACGACCGGGGCCGGGACCGAGCCGGCCAGCUCGAUACCGCGCCGCGCCGUCGAUGUGGGCCCCACGCGCGUGAACCAGUGCGAGGACGACCGCCGCCGUGUCGCGUUACGUACUGUUCUUCAGCGGUCUGGUGUGCGUGUGCUUGUGUGUGCGCGCGCGCCUUUCCGUCAGUGUUCUUUUUGUUGACCGUCGGCCGGGCCUGGGUUUCCCCGCGGGGCCCGUGAAAAAGCGCGCCAAAAACCACCGAGGUCCGUCGUCAUGGACGUCAAGAAACGGUACAUAUGGUCCGACCGGGAGACGGAACACUUCAUCAGACUCAUCAUCGACAUGGGCAUGACCAACAUGCUGGACAGCAAGAGGAAAAGGAAUUCGGAUCUUUAUUCCAGUCUGGUUGAACCAAUGGCAGCUGCUGGUUUCAAUAGAGACGCGACGCAACUGAGAACCAAGUGGAAACACUUGAAACAAGAUUACAAAUUAGAGUUGGUGAGAAUUGAUAAAAACGGUGCGGCGAGUUCAAGGAUGUCGUACUUUCAUUUGCUCCACGAAGUAUUGAGCUGCAAACCAAGCAAUGCCAUGACGUACCUCUGUGAAGUUGUUUCGAAUUCUCCUCCACGGCUCGACACCGUAGAAAGCAUCAAGACUGAAUACUUAGACGACAUGAAAAUGGAAACGGACUACUACAGAGUGACCGAACCGCAGGUGGACAUCAUCCAGUCGUGCGACGUGCAGACCCAGACGGAAGGCACGCCGGAACAGCACCUGCUUCAAAAGCUGCACGCGCUGGAGAACAGCAUCAACGUCCUGAGAGAAGACUGGCGGCGAGAUCGGGAGAUGCAAAACGUGCUGAUGGAAAAGCACGCGAGGAGGAUGUUGGAGCACCAGAAAACGUUGAUGGACAAUUUCUUCGCCAAGACCAAAUCGCACACGCUUAGAACCAAAAACAAAGACUGAAGCGGUUCGAGCGCAGUAUUCGAUGCGUCGGCGUUAUCGAAACCCGCGAUUCAACGAUGUCCUCUCAACAAGGACAAUAGGACAUAUUAUUAUUGUUAUCAUCAAACCCGUGUUGUCGUUAUUGAUGAUAACGUACCUAUAUAUAUAUAUUUGUAAUUCUCCACUGUAUGUUCAUGUAUUCACGUUAAUGUCUAGCGCGUGUAAAUAUAUACGUUUGUACCAAAUUUAAAACUAUUAUGUCGUAAUAAUGAUAAUAAUUAUAAUACAGUACAUAAUAAUAUUAUAUUGCUCGGUAUGUAUAUAAUAUAUAAUAAUAAUCAUUAUCACUGAGCCAAAUAAAAAUGUUUAAAAACGUGUA